ACCGUUAUAAAAGCUGACAACCAUUCAGAUUGUUAGUAUCCGUUCGCUGUCCAUCUGCUAGUCAGUUCGUUCCGGUGUUGCAAAACGUGGUUCCGAUGGCAUUCUUCGUGCGUGCACAUUUCUAUCUUUUUGUGUUAUGUUUAGCAAUACAUUACGCUGAAAGUUUACGCGGUAUACGUAAAUAUAUGUACUAUCCAUCAGAAAUGUAUUAUUACGACAAUUACGAUGAUUACGAUGAAGACAUUUACGUCAGUCAGAAGUAUUCAUCAUUCAAGAAAAAACCAAAUCAGACAACAUGGUACAAGGUUUAUAAACACGGAUUAGCAAAGAUUAACAUCACAGAUGGCACGAAUUUCACCAAAGUAGGACGUACUUAUGGCGAACACUCAUAUACUGGAAAAUUAGAGAAGUUGGAAAAUAAUUACGAUGGGGCAACUACGACCAAUUUUCCACCCGAUUAUUCACAUGAAGCGAAACUUGAUAAAAUUCGAAAGGAAGCUGAGAAAAGAAAGUGCAGUUAA